AUGCGGGUGCCACCCCACAACCUCUCCUGCCUCCACUCCAUCGAUGACUUCCGAAACAGCGUCUACUCCACCCUCUACUCCCUGAUCAGCAUCCUGGGCUUCCUCGGCAACACCAUCGUGCUCUACAUCCUCAUCAGGACCUACAGGCAGAAAACAGCCUUCCAGGUGUACGUGCUCAACCUGGCCCUCUCAGACUUCCUCUGUGUCUGCACCCUGCCCCUGCGUGUCACCUACUACGUCCACAAAGGGAGCUGGUUCUUCGGGGACUUCCUCUGCAGGGUCACUUCCUACGCCUUGUACGUCAACCUCUACUGCAGCAUUUUUUUCAUGACUGCCAUGAGCUUCUUCCGCUGCGUGGCCAUCGUUUUCCCGGUGCGGAGCAUCACCCUGGUGACUGGGAGGAAGGCUAAAUUUGUCUGUGCAGGCAUCUGGGUUUUUGUCACCCUGACCAGUGCUCCCUUCCUGCAGAACGGGACGUACCAACACGGCAACAAGACCAAGUGCUUCGAGCCCCCGGAGGACUCUCAGAAGACAAACCUGGUGGUCACCCUGGAUUUUAUCGCCCUUUUCCUGGGCUUCGUUUUCCCCUUUAUUGUCAUAACCAUCUGCUACGCCAUGAUCACCAGGACCUUGCUGAAAAAUUCCCUGAAGAAGAACCAGGCCAGCCGUAAGAAGGCAGUCUGGAUGAUCAUCAUCGUCACCCUCACCUUCCUGGUCAGCUUCACCCCCUACCACGUCCUGCGCACGGGUCACCUCCGGGCGCUGUGGCUGCAGAACUCCAGCUGUGAGGAUGCCAUCUUCCUCCAGAAAUCCGUCGUGGUGACGCUCCCCUUGGCAGCCUCCAACUGCUGCUUCGACCCCUUGCUCUACUUCUUCUCGGGGGGCAACUUUCGGAAGAGGCUCACAACUUUAAGGAAGGCUUCUUCCUCCAGCUUGACUCAAGCCUUCAGGAAAAAGUUCUCCAUAAAAGAGAAAGACGAGGAAACCUCUGGAGAAAGCCACAGGGAGGGUGGCAAGGCAGCUGUGGCCCCUUCAUAA